AUGCUAGUCUUUGGAACUCGGCUCGGUCAACAGAGUCAAGAGAGUCAACGCGGCCAGGCAACCCAGCACAAGUACCACAGCCGCCCCUCCCAGCAGCUCUGCUCCCAGCAGCACCACUCCCUGCAGCAGCAGCGACAGCAGCAGAGCGGCCAUGGCAUGGCUGUGGCGAUCGUCCCUGUGCUGCAGAGUGCUUGCCGUCCCAGAAUCGUGCUUGAGCGCCACCACAGUCACAGCCCCCCGGAGCGCCAGACCCAGCAGACGCAAAAUCAGCUGCGAGAUCACCAGCAGCACCACUCCCAGCAGCACCACCGCUGCAGCCGCAGCUGCACCGGGGGAGGCCGGGAGAGCAGCUCCCCUGUCCCGUGCCGUAACCAUGGCGCCCGUGGCGCCCAUGACACACAUUGCGGCCCUUGUGGCGAGAGUGAGAAGACAGCAGUGCUGUGGCUGCUGGGGCCAGCACAUGGCCGACGAGGCCAGGGGGGAGGCGAUGCAGUGCAAGCGCUGUGUGCAAGUGAUGAGGGCUGCCGCUAUGGGUUGGAGGAUGGGAAGGAUGCUCGUCCGCGUGGUGGCACGUCGAUCGUGAAUGAACACUUAGCUGAGGCGCGCUCGGCAGCGAUGCACUCGACGCUGCAACCCUUGGCAGUGAAUUGCUCUCCCACAAAAAUCUUGCCUCUGAAGCACCUGCCCCAGCUGCAUCACUCGGCCUUGAAGUGCUCGUACUCAGCUUUGGAACCCUGUGCUGCUAAGGGUUUUGGUAACGAGUUGAAACGGUCAUGUGCAGUCAAUCGCAACCCUGAAUUGGCUGCAGCUGCAGCACUUGCUCCUGCUACAGUUCCUGCUACGUCACCUGCCACAUCUCCUGCUGAAGCCACUCCUACAGCUGCUGUUACGUCUCCUCCUGCCCCAGCUGCCCCAGCAGUGUGCACAGAGAUCGGCCUGGCUCUGCUUCCAACGCCCUCCCCACCAGCCUCAACACCCACACAGUCAUCACCUCUGCGGAUCAGCACAGGCAGAGGCAGCGACAAUGGCGGUGGGAGAGCGGAUGCAUGCAUCAGGACUCACAGAGGCAGCAACGCCUCUCCACCCUGCCCUGCUCGUCCUGCCCGUCCUAACGCAGCAUCGAAGGACGUCAUUCAUUCCUUUUCGCGCUCUGCUCGUCCUGCUCCUGCUUCCACCGUUCCCUCUGCUCCCCUCCUGCCUCCCAUGCGUUCCUCUCUUCCCCCCGCCGCUCCCACCCUCUCUCCUCUUCCCUCGCCCUCUCCCAACCACUCUCCCGUCUCCCCUCUCUCCCUGCCUGGCCCCGCUUUCCAGUCUCCCCCUCCUGCUCCUCUCUCCCCUCCCCCUGCUCGCCUCUCCCCUCAUGCCAUUCCUCUCGCCCCGCUCUCCCCGCUACCCCCUCCCUCUGGCUACCCCUGCCGUGUGUGCGGAGCUCUGUUUGCCUCGGGGCCUGCCCUGGGAGGGCAUAUGAGGAGGCACCUGAGUGGGGGAUUCGAGGCAGGGGGAAAGGCGGACAGGGGAAGAUGGGUGGAUGAGCCAGGGGGCUGGGACAAUCAUCCAUAUGCUGGAGCAGAAAGGGCGCGAGGGGAGGGACGGGCAGGAGGGAGGUCUAGUCUGGGUGGGAGGGAGGAGCAGCAGGUGCAGGUGGGUGCUCCACGGCAGCACACAGCCUUGAACGCCCGGUCUGCUAGUACGAAGAGCAUCAGCAAGUCCGUACCCUUCCGAUUUCAGAAACGCCUCUCCGCCGUUCGAUGCAGCGCUGGAGGAGCGACCGCAACUCCGGCGGCUCCGUCCGUAGUUCCGGCAAUUACGCUAUCUGAGAAGGCUCUGGCGCAUCUGACCAAGAUGCGCGCCGAGCUGAACAAGGAUCUGCUGCUGCGCAUUGGCGUGAGACAAGGUGGCUGCUCUGGCUUCUCAUACGUGAUGGAUUUCGAGGAGCGAGCCAACAUCCAGGAAGGCGACUCUAUCGUGGACUACCAAGGCUUCUCUAUGGUGUGCGAUCCCAAGAGCCUUCUCUUCCUCUCCCCGCGUCCCAGUGUCAGCAGCAGCGUAGCUUCUAACGAGGAUGGACUCGUUAAUGGUCGGAGGUCGGACGACGAGACCAAAGCGCACGACGAGGCGAUCGUUCCGCGGAACCCGUGCUGCGAGUCACUCGAUCAGCUUGACCGGAAUCUCUCAUCAAUGUCACCAUCAGAAGCCCCAUGGACAACCCUGAUCCACCGCCUCGCCUUCUGGCGGUCGCAUCUGAGCCGUCAAUUCCACCUCCCGGAACCAUCAGACAUCCUCAGGGAAGCCGGCCGGCUGUUCGUGUCGCUGGCCGUCAGCGCCGUGCUGCUGACGUCCGUCAGCGCGCCGGCGACGGCCAUCGUGCAGGCACCGCCGCGCAAGCUGAUGCCGGACGAGCAGGCGACGGUGCAACUAUUCAACGAAACGACACCGAGUGUCGUUUAUAUCACGAAUCUGGCCGUUCGGAGGGACGUGUUUACACUUGACGUGAUGGAGGUGCCGCAGGGGUCCGGAUCGGGGUUUAUUUGGGACCGCGAAGGCCACGUGGUGACGAACUACCACGUGAUUCGCAACUCCAGCGACCUGCGUGUAACACUGGCGGACCAAUCAGUGUACGCGGCUGACGUGGUGGGGUACGACCGUGACAAGGACGUGGCAGUGCUGCACAUCGACGCGCCCAAGAGCAAGCUCAGGCCGCUGCGAGUGGGCAGCUCGUUUGACCUGCAAGUGGGGCAGCGCGUCUACGCCAUCGGGAACCCCUUCGGUUUGGACCAUACCCUCACCACAGGCGUGAUCAGUGGGCUGAGGAGGGAGAUCAGCAGUGCAGCAACGGGGCGGCCCAUCCAGGACGUGAUACAGACAGAUGCGGCCAUCAACCCGGGCAACAGCGGGGGGCCGCUGCUGGACUCCAACGGCAACCUCAUCGGCAUCAACACCGCCAUCUACUCGCCCUCUGGCGCCUCCUCUGGCGUCGGCUUCUCCAUUCCCGCUGAUACGGUGGCGGGCAUAGUGGAGCAGAUAAUUAAGUACGGGCAGGUCACGCGGCCAGUGCUGGGCAUCUCCUUCGCCCCCGAGCAGUCCUUGGAGCAGCUGGGCGUGGCUGGGGUGCUUGUGCUCGAUGCUCCCCCCUCCGGCCCUGCAGGGAAAGCGGGCAUCCGGCCAACGACUCGGGACAGCUACGGGCGGCUGGUGUUGGGGGACAUCAUCACGGGCAUUGAUGGCAACACCGUUCGCAACGGCUCGGACCUCUACCGCAUCCUCGACCGCUGCAAGGUUGGCCAGAAGGUCUGCUCGCAGGCCCUCGCAAGCGAGGGAAGGGAGAAAAUUCGUUGUUAUUUAGCACCCACCACCCUCUCCGUGCUAUCUCUAGUCCUGACCGUUGCUGCUGCACGGGUCAUUGCUGCCUUACCAUCGCAGAUGCCGCUGAUGCGGGGUCAGAUUGUCAGUAGCAGGACUCGCCUCUCGCCUAGGGAGGUGUCUUUCUGGCUGAUUUUUUUCAGUUUGCCCCUCGCGCUGUUCCUUGUAUUCACCUUACUCCCUUUUCCCCUCCCCUCCCCGCCCAUCCCCCCCGUCCCGCUUCCCCCCGUUCCCCACGCCCCUCGUGGCAGCGAUGCCACGCGCAACGCGCUGGUGGACGCGUGUUUCAUCCGCCUGCGCCGCCCCGAGUUCCUGCGCUUCACUGCUGACCUCCCAUCACUCUCCGCGCGCAUCCUGCUCUCCGGCCCCCCAGGUCUCCCCUCUCCCUCCCUCCUCUCUCCCCCACCCCUCUCUCUCCCCUCUCCCUCCCUCCUCUCUCCCCCACCCCUCUCUCUCCCCUCUCCCUCCCUCCUCUCUCUCCCCCACCCCUCUCUCUCCCCUCUCCCUCCCUCCUCUCUCCCCCACCCCUCUCUCUCCCCUCUCCCUCCCUCCUCUCUCCCCCACCCCUCUCUCUCCCCUCUCCCUCCCUCCUCUCUCCCCCACCCCUCUCUCUCCCCUCUCCCUCCCUCCUCUCUCCCCCACCCCUCUCUCUCCCCUCUCCCUCCCUCCUCUCUCCCCCACCCCUCUCUCUCCCCUCUCCCUCCCUCCUCUCUCCCCCACCCCUCUCUCUCCCCUCUCCCUCCCUCCUCUCUCCCCCACCCCUCUCUCUCCCCUCUUCCCGAGUUCCUGCGCUUCACCGCCGACCUCCCCGCGCUCUCUGCGCGCAUCCUGCUCUCCGCCCCCCCGGGUCCCUCCUCUCUCUCCCCCCUCUUCUCCGCUUCCCAGCGAGGAGACAAGUUCU